AUGGGGUCGUGCCAUCCCCCUGCACGCGCCCAAUCCUUGGUGCUGUCCGCCUUUCCGUGGCAAUCAGCCGUCAUAGAAAAUCCAUCCGUGACAUUCUCCAGUGAGAAUGACAUGCACGGCUUUGCCUGCCACCUCAAAGUCUUCAAGGAGGCACUAUUCACGCAGAAUACGCAUGAAGUCAAGGACAUCCAAAAACUCCUCGACUAUCGUCCUCUCUACAGCCAAUACCAGUCGGCCGCCGUCAGUGCCCUGGUUGACCAACUCCGUGCAAUCGAUUCAACCCGAAAACCCUCUGCGGCUGCAACAGAGAAGUUUUUCACCUUUGUGGUUGUGUGUCAGUGGCUGGAUAGGCUUGUCUUCAACGAUGGGAAUGCGUUGAGAGCAUACAAGGAAGUACCACAGGUGCCUUUUGAGCGGCAAGUGGAGAAGUACAAGUGGGAUCAUAUCUCCAACUGGCCCAAAAUUCUCACCGACUUUCGCAAGGGGUUCGAGCGCUUUGUGAAGGUGGCAGCGUCUUCAUCUGCUUCUAGCACACACGACGUACACAGCUACAAGAUUGAUGUACGGCAGGGACCCGUCAAGCAACUCAAGGGUCUAGCUCAGCUGGGCAGUGCCAAAGGGAUCACCAAGGCGCUUCACAACAUCGCGCUGGCCGCUCUUCACUUGGGAAGCAUGAACCAGCAACCGGUAUUCAUAACGGGAGAAUGGUCCGAGAAUUUGCCCGACCUGCCUAGCGAUCUCGCUGGACUGCUGAAUUUCUGGCUGUCGGAGCACCCGUUCUCUGCAGACGAUGCUGCCUACCUGCGCGAUCUUUUGCAGAAUGAAAACGCUAGCCACUUGCGCCUGCCUUUCCAGGUGGCUGUCAUGUUGUCGCCCAUUUUUCUCUUCGACAUGGUUCAGUUGCACAAGUGGUCAUGGGAUUGA